AUGGAUCCAAAUAAAACCGUACAAUUCAAUACCACUAGUGAACUUCUAAAUAAUCCAAGUUUACAGUUUAAAAUAUCUAAAAGUAUUGAAAUUGAGAAAGCAAUUUCAUUUUAUCAAGAUAAGUCACGUGUCAACAAUACGGAAAAGGCGACAAAAAACUGGCUAGAGCAUUUUGAAAAGUUUCGAAAAAGUAUGAUAAAAGUUUAUCCACAUAACGAAAACUAUAAAACUGAAUUAAAAUCUAUUUCUGAGUUAUUAAUACUAGAUAAUCAACGUGAAGUUAUAGGCGAUGCAGCACAAAAAGUACCAAUUCUAGCAAAUUCACCUAAUUCUAGAGGAUCAUACUAUGAUUAUCAUCUUUAUUUCGAAAAAAGACCAUUAGAUGCUAACCAGGAAUUUUAUUUACAAACAAAUCCUAAAU